GUCUGUGGUGUUAUCUUUACAAUUUUGCUAUAACUUGGAUUUAAAAAAAAAAAAGUACUUACGUUUGUAGCUAGCAUUAGAGAAUAAUUCCUGGACGAAUCCACAACUGAAAAGGAAAAGGGAAAGUCUGACAGUGGAGCAAGAGGCUCCUUGCCAUGAAUGAGUACACACUACCCACACCAAGACCUAAUAUUUGGGAGCGUAAGCCGAGGGCAGAGAGCCCUACCUCGGACUUAACUGCAAACUCUGACUCCAAGUCCGAGAUGGAAACAGCGAUCAUGAUUACUGUGUGACUCCAAUGACGGCGGAGAUGGCCAACGAGAAUGAAGCCUUGCAUCGAAAGAUUAGUGAGCUCCAACACCAACUGGAAGUGCUACAGCUGCGAACCUAUUUCGGCAUACAACGCUUGGCAGGGUCAGACGAGGACAUUCGUUUUUACACCAGGUUUGCCUCAUACAAACAUUUUCAGGCCUUUUGGAAACUGGUGGAGCCUGCACCAAGGCUGCCUCUGCUAACAGCUCUGAGUUCUCUCAACCAACAUAGGCCUAACACUUUUUCACAGAAACCUCCACCCAUAGAAGUGCUGCUGCUGUUCGUCAUGCAUCUGUCAGUGGGCCUGCCUCUCAGGGAUCUAGCAGAACGGUUUGGCAUUCACCACACCACAGCCAGCAGGAUUAUUGCCACCUGGAUGCACUUCCUAUACAACCUGCUUGGAACCAAAUGUCUGUGGAUCCCAGGUGGAUCUGUCAGAGCUCACCUUCCACCAGAGUUUUCAGCUUUCCCAGACACACAAGUGGUGCUUGACUGCAUUGAAAUAUUCUACCAGACUCCAUCCUCUCUCCUGUUGCAAAGAUCCAUAAGUGACCGUGAGAUCUUCAAGCUGUCUGGCAUCGUAAACCUACUCACACCAGACAUGGCAAUUAUGGUUGACAAAGGGUUCCUUGUGGACAAUCUGGCUCUGUGCAAGGUUUACCAGCCCGUCUUUCUCUCAAGAAACGCCCAAAUGAGUAGAGAGGACGUCAGGCAGACUUAAUCCAUUGCACAUCUGCACAUUCAAUGUGGCUUGCUUCCUGGUCAACUACCAAAACAGACCACUGGUAAAGGCAUGGACAACUUGACGAUGAAUAACUCUGGAUUCAUGUAUUAAUGACAUUUCACUUUUUGCUUAUUCUGUGCUUGUAAAUAGUUUCUAAUUAAUGUUCUAUAGGUUUGUGUUAAACAUUCACUUACCAGAAUUGAUUCAUUAAACAGCUUUUUGUUGUCAUAGCUUUUACAUUAUUUCUUUAAAAAGGUAAUUAUUUUCAAACAAAAGUUUGUACAUGUAUAUGAAUUGCCAAAAUCGAAAAUAAAUAAAUGACUCAAUAAAUAGAUUACUAUGCCAUUAAAUGCACCAAAAAUAAUAUUAAAAUUGAU